GGCGUCCGGGAGCCACAUGGCACCUCUGGCCUGCUCCCAGCGCCAAAAUCCCGCAGCCUUAAGAGAGAGGGGCCGCAGUCUGCUCUCUCCCCCUCCCUUGUCUCCUGUCCUCCGCCUGUGCCCAGCUCUCUGGGAGUCUUCUCCUGCCUCAUCACUCCUGUAUUUUGGCCUUUCGAGUGCCUUGGAGGUUUCCCUGACCUCCCGUGAGGAUCAGAGACUGACCCCUUUUUUAACUUUGACAAUUGACUUUUGUUUCCUUUUUUAAUUUUUAUUAUUUUUUAAGCCAUCCACAAUGAGCCCUAGCUCUGAUUGCAUCAAGGUCCGACCUGUCUGGGCCUCCAUUCCACACUUUCCAGUUUGUAACAGCUCCACCCUUUUCUCUUUUUCCCAUGUCUGCUGCAGGCAUGGCUGUCUUUUGCCCCUACCUGACCACUCUGGCCAGUACCCUAGCCCCGGGUCCCCAGCUCCCUGCCACAGUCCCCUUGCCUUCUGAUGCCUUAAAGUUGGGCCACAGGCCCUGCUGGCCAGAGCCUCUCAGAUGCCAAGCUCCAGAAGCUUGACUCAGGACCAAACAGCUCUGGCCUAGGGAUUGGGCCCCUCUACCCAGGGUCUCCAACCCCAGGACAGUAGAAGGCCAAAGCCUUGGUCUUGGCAAACUAGCCCUUACCCACCCUUCACCCAGGCCUAGAUGCAGAGACGGGCUUUCUCUGCCAGCUUCAACCAGUCCUCCUGCCUGGGGGAGUGGGCUUCUGUGCCCAUCUCCCUGAACCUCUGCUGUAUCCCCUUGUCGAAGAUGAGCUCCACCCCUACCCCAGGCCAGAUCACUCGGAGCUGGCCUCCUUUUAGCCCAGUACCAGAAACCAACGACCCAUGCAGAUAGGCUCUGCACCAGCCCACCAGCAGGACCUGUCCACCUGAGGUGAUCCUGGGCACUGCCCCUGGCCGGCUGGGCCACCAGCUUCCCUCUCCUGACUUUGGGGCCCACAUUACUUCAGGGGGAUGUCCUCCUCUCCCCAAUCUUCCCAAACAGACCUUUGCUGAAUUAAAGUUUGUAAGUAAACGGUUUUAAAGAAAUCAGAGCUGGCUAGUUCUUUGGACAACAGUGGACCUGGGUGGGAAGGCCGGUUGUCGCCGGAUGUUUCCACUCCACCCGUUGGUUCCUACCUGGCGCCCUCACCCAACGCAAACAUCUUGCUACCUCAGGACCCAAGCACGCCCGCGUUUAUAUUUGGGCUCGCGCCCGGCAGGAGAGGAAGAGGCGGGAGGCCCUGAGCGGCGCGGGGACGUGGUGAACGUGGUCUUCGUAGACCGGUCAGGCCAGCGGAUCCCGGUGAGCGGCAGAGUCGGGGACAAUGUUCUCCAUCUGGCCCAGCGCCACGGUGUGGACCUGGAAGAUGAAGAAACUGAACCUCAGCUUAAGUAGACCCAUCCCAAAAUCAAGAGCCUGCGAAGCCUCUCUGGCAUGCUCCACCUGCCACGUGUACGUGAGUGAGGCACACCUGGAUCUUCUGCCUCCCCCUGAGGAGAGGAGAAUUCCCGCCUGGGCUGCCAGAUUGUGCUGACCCCUGAGCUGGAAGGGGCGGAAUUCACCCUGCCCAAGAUCACCAGGAACUUCUAUGUGGAUGGCCAUGUCCCCAAGCCCCACUGAUAUGGGCAGCAGGACUGUCCCCCACACUACCAUGGCCCCAGGGCCAGGACUUGAAGGAGUAGUCAAGCCGCCAGCCCAGCCCGGAGCACGAACAGGCCAGAGAGAGAUGUCAGAAGCACGGUGAAGGCCAGAGGCCCUGCUUGGGAGAGAUCACUAUGUCCAGACUCUGGAGGGGACAGGGCCCCUACUUGGGGUGCCAUCCCCCAACCCCUGAGAAUGGGAGUGUGAGCAGAGGUGGACUCAAAUUGGAGCUGCAAUAAAACUGUCUCAUAGAUGCCCAGCAUGUCGAGUGUCCUUGGGGGAGCCUGCGUUCUACCACCGCAUCUGCUGGAACCCCAGCUCUCCUGUCCCCGCAGCAGGAGACCACCACUGGGGAUCUGAGGCACAGACCCGGGAUCCCCCUCUUCCUAGGCAGGAUGCCAGUGUGGCAAGGUCUGCCCCUGCAGCUGCGGAGGGAUUUGGAGGGGUGGAGGCCGCCCUGGGCCCUGGUGUGCAGGUGACUUGAAUAAAGCCAGGAUGGCGAGGCAUCACUGAGGGGACUCCGAGACCCGCCCCUCCCAGCUGGGGCUCAUCACUCUCAGGACGCCCCCAGGGCCCUCCACCCCAGGUGGGGCCCAUCAUCAGGGUUUAUCCUUGGGGGUGGGGCGGAACGGGGGCACGACUCCUACCGCAGCCCCCGACCUCAUGCGGCUGGGAGAGCUGCUGGCGCCUCGCCGUCUGCCUGUGGACGUGGAAUCCGAAUCACCAAGACCCGAUGACCGGCAGAAGCCAAGGCCCCGGGGAUGCUCCAGGCGCAGUGGCAGCUCCCUCUGGCCUACAUGCCAGGACUCCAUCACCACCCUGGGGGUCCUUCAAGAGACAGAAGAGGGGCUGGCCCUGCCCCCCACUCAGGACCCCCAGGCUCUGGGACCCUGCUGGGGGCCAAUGACCCUGGGGACUUUGGGCCCCUUGACUAUGGCCAGGAAUUCCAAGAACAUGCAGACCCCAGUCAGCCAGAAGUGCAGCAGCAUGGUGUCCCCUGAGCCUCCUCCAGCCCCACCCGGGAGAAGACCUCGGAAACAGCUGCACCCCUGCCGGGGCACUGAGAGAGCAGACCCCAAGUUCCAGGGAGUGACUCUGACUUUUCAGAUAAAGCCGGACUCCAGCCUGCAGAUUUUGCCCACCUACAGCAGUCACUCUCAGGGACCAUCCACAAGCUCUGCCAGUGCCCCUGAACCCAACCCUGGAGGCAGCGAGGCCUUGGCUCCACGAUGCUGUGCCUCCUGUAGGACCCAGAGGACCCCACUCUGGAGAGAUGCUGAAGAUGGGACCCCUCUCUGCAAUGCCUGUGGUAUCAGGUACAAGAAAUAUGGUACCCGCUGUUCUAGUUGCUGGCUGGUGCCCAGGAAAAGUGUCCAGCCCAAGAAGCUGUGUGGCAGGUGUGGGCUGUCCAUGGACCCCCACCAAGACCCAACUCAGGAAAUGUAAGCUCUUCUGCACUCAGCUGACCUGGUUCUGCCUCAGUUUCCCCAGGGGAAGAAUGGGCAGAACUCCUAGGAGUGAGGAAAGAUCAAGCCUGUCUCCUAUCUCUCCCAGGAGGAAUAUCCAGGCCUCAGUCCCCAGGCCCCCUGACUCGGCCCUUUCUCCAGUCAGGCUUGAUUGUACCCCAAAUAAAGGAACUUAU